AUGGAUACUCUCAUAAAUGAAGAAACUAUUGACAACAUAGAUGUCGAACUCUCUUCUGAGGGAACAUUGAAGUUCAGUAGCAAGAAAGAGUUUAAGAUACCACGAAUGAGCCAUAGAGUACAAUUGCUUCUGGGUGCAUACCAUAUGACAUUUCCUUUGAAAAGUGUUGACAAAACGAUUGAGAUGAAAUCUGUUCCAUACGUAUGUUAUGGCAAUUGUUUGUACAUUGAGUCAAAAAUAGCUAAUGUCACAGGUAUUUCAGGAGUUAAUAGUAAAGGUUCAGUAGAAUAUAAGUCUUUCUGUUAUGAAGUAAACUCAAUGUUCAUUCCAAACGUUCCUGUCAUAGCAACUCAUUUAGGUAAAUGGGUUCGCAUUAGUCCUCAUAAUUUGAAAGACAUGCAAUUCAGACUUGUUGACUUUCAAGGAGAGCCUGUAGAACUGAAGGCACCAGUGCGAAUGACUGUUGAAGUUGACUUUUUAGAAAAUAUUAAAUGCAACAGCUUACAAGAGAACUCAGAGCUAAAAAUAUAA